AUGGCGGACUUGGGCGGGGUGUUCUCGGUGCGGGGUAAUGAGCCCAGGCCCGUGUCUGACCUCCCCCUGAGGCGUUUCCCGUGGAUGGGCUUCGAGCUCUUCCACCUCCUGCUCGGGCUUUCGCGGCUGCUGCUCCUGUUCGUGGUGGAAUCCGUGAUGAGCGUCCGUGCGGCGGAGGACGCCGACCAUGCGCGAUGCAUGGGCCUGUUCCUGCUGCAGUUUGUGGGUGAGUGCGGAGGGGGCCGGGAACAGGGGCGACGCUAG